AUGCACAAGCGAGUGCAAGUGGCAAGGUCGGAACAAACAAAACAGAAUCAGAAAACGCAAAGACUAGCCAGAGUGGCGAAUUUCGAUGUCGGUGACUACGUGUUGCGGUCUCGAGUGGACCAAAAACACAAUGACAAGCUGCUUGUCACUUGGAUAGGCCCGUAUCAGAUCGUUGGUGCAGACGAACACUCUUUCCGCGUGCAGCACCUAGUGACUGGCGCGGAAUCAGACGUACAUGCCUCACGCCUUAAGUUCUACGCGGACGCGUCCUUCGAGGUAACGGAGGAGAUUCGUGAGCACGUGGCUGCUCAAGGCAUUGUCCUGACCGUUGCUGAGCUGAAAGAGCACCGGUGGAACUCGGCGAAGAGGUGUUACGAGAUACUGGUUGGGUGGAAGGGUCUGGAGCCAAUUGAGGACUCGUGGGAGUCGCUCAGUUCACUGUACAAGGAUAUCCCUGUGAUGGUGAGGCAGUACGUAGCCGCGACGAGUAAAGUGCAACUACAUGUAACAUUAGAGCAACUUUAG